AUGUCCGACCACUGGACGACCAUUGAAAGCGACCCCGGCGUCUUCACGGAGCUGAUUUCAUCUUUUGGGGUCCAAGGAGUGCAGGUCGAAGAGGUAACGUCGUUAGAGCAAGAAUCAUUGGCAGCCCUAGAGCCGAUCUACGGGCUGAUUUUCCUGUUCAAAUACCAGGGCAAGGAUAGCACAGGCGCCGAGCACUUGCAAGACCCCGAUCCCGCACUGUUUUUUGCCAAGCAAGUUGUCGACAAUGCGUGUGCCACGCAAGCACUUCUUUCCGUGCUGCUGAAUCGGCCGGAGUUGGAAAAAAUGAAGCAGUUGGGAGCUCUGCUAACGAACUUCAAGUCUUUCGUGUCCGAUUUGCCCGCGGACAUGAAGGGGCUGGCGAUUGGAAAUUCGGAGGAGAUACGCCGGGCGCACAACUCAUUUGCGCGCCCCGAUCCUCUCGUGCCGGAUGAGAACCUUGCUGGACAGGACCAAGACGCCUUUCACUUCGUGACGUACGUUCCUCUGCACGGCCAGCUCUACGAGCUCGAUGGACUGCAACCAGGUCCAAUCUCACAUGGUGCCGUCGGCACUGGCAGUGCCUGGCUCGCACAGGCCACGGAGGCGAUCAAACGGCGUGUUUCGAAAUACGAGGCAGGGGAGGUGCACUUUAACCUCAUGGCCGUUGUGCAGGACCGGCGCGUGGCCUUGCAGAAGCAGAUAGAGGCCUUGGGAGCGGAUGCCGCGUCGGUGGUCCUUGCGGACUUGCGAAUCAAGCUUGCCAAGGUGGCCGCAAGCAUCAGCUUAUGUGUGCUGCUUGUCGACCUCACGGCCGCAUCGUGCGGCCUGGGACGCGUUCGACGUUCUGCGAGCCGUGUGUUGCGCGUGUCGCCUGCCCGAACUCCUCACAUUCAGUUGCAAGAAGGACCAUGUUGA